AUGUUUGGCAUGAAAAAAUCUCUCACUUUCGUCGGCUUACUCGCCAUUACCGGCGCGAACGCCGGCGCGGUGGAUCUCACCGAGGGUGAUUUCGACGCGCAAGUUUUUGAAAGCGGGAAGGGCGCGUUCGUGAAAUUCUACGCCCCGUGGGGCGGCACAAACCAAAGGAGUAGGGGUGUCACACUUCAAGCGUCGCGUCGUCGCGAAAAUUGGAGCAUUCGAUCGAGUCUUUCCAAGAAGAAGAAGAGUCGUCGAGGCGAACAAAGACGCGCGUGUUUUUGCCACUUUCUCGUCCGUCGAUCUUUUCGUAUCCUUUCUUACCGUUAUUAUUUGUUUAUUAUUAUUAUUAUUAUUAUCGUUACGAACAGGUGCGGCCACUGCAAAGCGCUGAAACCAGCCUGGGAUAAACUCGGCGACGAGUACGACGGUUCGUCCACGGUUUUGAUCGGCGACGUGGACUGCACGGUGCACCAAAACUUGUGCCAAAAAUACGGCGUGCAAGGCUACCCGACGUUGAAAUAUUUCACGGCGAACCCGAUGGGCGACGCGUACAACGGCGGCAGAGAUUACGAGGAGUUGUCUAAGUUUGCGAAGGAGUCUUUGGGUCCGUCCUGUGGGGUGGAACACAUGGACUUGUGCGACGCCGAGCAAAAGAAGUCUUUGGAGACGAAGAUGGCGUUGUCGGACAGUGAGUUGGACAAGUUGAUCGAAGACUCGGACGCGAAGUUGAAGCAAGCCGACGAGGAUUUGGAGGCGUUGUUGAAAGGGUUGCAACAGCAAUACGAAGACGGGAAGAAGGCGAAGGAGGACGCGCAAGCGGCGCUUUCUCCGGAGUUGGCGCAGUUGAGAUCGGUGAAGAGGUCGAGAGAAAAUGGGGCGAAGCAAGAGUUGUAA